UCACCUUUUUGUGCAGCUUGUAUUUUUCUCUUGCAACUUCAUUCCCUUACAUCUUCUUCUUCUUCUUCGUCUUCACUUCCAGUCCUUGACCGCAAGCGCCUAAAACUCAAUCUCACUCAACCCCCCCCUUGGCUGCUUGCGCAAGACCAUUCUUCUUCCGGGCGGUCCCUGUUUUUCCCUCUUCGCCUUACUGUAUACGAACACUCGCUUUAUUGCAUAUCCCGACCGCCCCUCACUCUCACCCGACUCUCUUUUUCCUGCCGCCUCUCGUCCAGCCCGGCUUGCGCCCCCCUUGUCCCUUGUCGCCAUUCUCGAGGCUACUACUACGUACCCUGCCUGCUAAAAAAAGGACUGCCUGUCUGUCCGUCCGCUCGUUCGCCUGCGCGUCUCCCCUAAAAGUCCAGAGCAAACCUGCGAAGCCGUUGCCGUCGAACCGGACUCUCCUCAACUUCCCUCUCCAAAUCUCUUCUCCCGCACGCAACUCGCUGUGAGAAUAGCUUCAGUUGCCGCCGCCAUGUCUGCCGAAGAAAAGACUAGAGUGUCGGGCGACAUUGCUCGCUCCGACAGCUCUCCUGUCCUGCCCACUGUCAACCCUCUGGCCGACAAGCCCGCGCCUGCAAAGGCCUCUUUCCAUCCCGUCUUCUACGUUGUCACAUGGAUUGGCUUCAGCUCUUCCGUCAUCCUGUUCAACAAAUGGCUUCUGGACACGCUCAACUUCCGCUACCCCGUUAUCCUCACGACCUACCACCUGACCUUUGCCACUGUCGUUACCCAGAUCAUGGCCCGCUGGACGACGAUGCUCGAUGGCCGAAAGACGGUUAAGAUGACGGGCCGCGUGUACCUGCGAGCCGUUGUGCCCAUUGGAGUCUUCUUCAGCUUGAGUUUGAUCUGCGGCAACCUGACCUACCUCUACCUGUCCGUGGCCUUUAUCCAGAUGCUCAAGGCCACCACGCCCGUCGCCGUCUUGAUUUCCGGCUGGGCCCUGGGCGUGUCGCAGCCGAACCUGAAGCAGUUCCUCAACGUCUCCGCCAUUGUUGUCGGUGUCAUCAUUGCUUCGAUGGGCGAAAUCCACUUCGUCGUCAUUGGUGUCAUCUACCAGAUCGCCGGCGUUAUCUUCGAGGCCCUCCGACUCACCAUGGUCCAGCGCCUGCUGAGCUCGGCCGACUUCAAGAUGGACCCCCUGGUGUCCCUCUACUACUUUGCUCCCAUCUGCGCCGUCAUGAACGGAGUCGUUGCCCUGAUCUGGGAGUUCCCCAAGGUCUCCAUGGCUGAGGUUUACAACGUCGGCUUCUUCACCUUUUUCCUCAACGGUCUCUGCGCCUUUAUGCUCAACGUCUCCGUCGUUUUCUUGAUUGGCAAGACCUCUGCUGUUGUCCUCACCCUCUGCGGUGUUCUCAAGGACAUCAUGCUCGUCGUCGCCUCCAUGAUGAUCUGGGGCACCCAGGUGACUGCUCUCCAGUUCUUCGGUUACUCCAUCGCCCUCGGCGGCAUGGUCUACUACAAGCUUGGUUUCGAGGCUCUCAAGGGCUACGCCGGCGAGGCUGGCCGCCAGUGGGCCGAGUUUGGUGCCCGCAAGCCCAUUCUCCGCAAGCUGUCCAUCAUCGUCAUGGCCGUCAUGUUCAUCUUCUGCGUCUUCGGCGGCCUGGCUCCCACCUACGCCCCCGAGUACGACCCCUCCAAGCUAGCCUCUGAAGUGAGCAGCCACUUCAAGGGCAACCCUGCCGCCGCCGCCGCUGCGCAGGGAGCAGAGUAA